AUGACCGCUUCACAGGACGUCCAGGAUUCGUUCAACGACAGUUUGAAUCUGCAAGAACACAUCGAUUCACCGUUCUCCCUGCGGUCUGAAACGACCAAUAGAAAAUGUCGGUGUAGUUACGUCAUCGAAAAGGUAUAUAUGAAAGCGCUCUGCCCAGAAUCUGCCACAGAUUCCUCACCCAACACUGGUGGAAUCCCAAAAUUCACAGGAUUUCUUACUGCUGGCUCAAAUCGAGAGAUCAGAGUCAGUGAGGACGCCCUGAAUUCGGCUCGAUCUCGUCUUUAUGCUUCUGAAUGUGAUGCGCAGGAAGAUGCUACCUCGAUAGACAGUGAUGCGAAAGGAUUCUCCACUGGUUUUGCGGGUUUUGUCACUGCUGGAACAAGUAAGCUCAUUACGGUGUCGGAUUCAGCGUUAAAACUGGCAAAACGUCGCCUGAACGGUUGCUUAGAAGACCCCACCGGAAGCACCACUAAUGUAGGAGCAGAUACUGAAAACCGAGACCCUGCCGGUGUUCCUGUGCCGUCGCUGUCAUCGGAUUUUGCAAGGGUAUCCCCAUCUGGUAUUCGGAGUACAAAACCAGCCACCAAACAGACUGAAUUCGUGUCGCCACUCCUUCGAAAAUCUCCACGAUCUACUCGUUCAACGCACAGCUCUUCCAUCACUCCCGUAAGUAGAAGCUCUAGAAAUCGGCAUAAUCCACCAUUUCGCACGCCGUCAGCUGUGGUGGAGUCGCCUUCAGUCAGUAGAGGUUCUACGCCAAUGCCAUCCAGACCGCCCACAUCCUUACUAUCGAGCGAGAGAAGCGCUCUAGCCGCUGGAAAGGUUGAAGUACAGGCUCCAAAGUCCUUGCGUAUCACUUGUAUUCGUGAUUUAAGAAGCUGUUCGCUAGAUGUUGUUGAUUUCCUCGGGAUCGUCGUAGGAAGUGGAGCCCACAGCCGAAAUCCCAACAACGUUCCAGCGGUUAAGGUGGCUGAUCGAUACGGGGAAUCGGUACAUGUGGAGUUACUAUCAAGCUCCAUUCCUGCAAAUAUCUCAACAGGUUCCGUAAUCUCUAUCGAAGGAGCUGUCAUCAAACGAAGUGAAGGCUCAAUAUCGCUUCUCCUGAACGACUCAGCUUUUGUUGAUCUGGAACCUAACGACCCGGAGGCGGAAUGUCUUCAUAGGUUGUUUCGUACCGGUCUGUUCGAUGUCACACCAUCAGAGGACGAUUUUACAUUUGAUGGUACCGCACUUCGUGUGAUUGGGCGUCUCAAUGAAUUCUCAAGCGAGGCUUCAACUGUCAUGGCUAGGAUUUGCAAAUUUCGUUAUGACGCUUUGACGUACCUGGGCCACAUGCCAGGUCGUAUUUUCGAACGAAUAAAAUGUUACUGUCACUUUUUACAGGCAGAAAUAGCUGACUUCAGUGGAGUGAUAGCAGUUCACUUUUCUGACGAGGCUGCGGAGAGACUGAUCGGGAAACCAGCUGGUGGGAUGGUGAAACUGCGCAAGGACUUAUUACAAACUAAGCUGUCUCCCCUCUACUAUCGUCCUAUGCUGUUCCGUAUUUCUCUGCAAAACUCAAGAUGGUUUAUUGAUGACUGGAAGCACCUUGAAAUUCCGCGAUUCAAACUAUUUCUUAAAAACAUCGCAGAACAGAAAGGAUAUAAGUGA